AUGGCCCCGCCCAUAGGAGAGCUUUCUGCAGAUACAGAGGCUGCAGGUCCUGRGGUUAAGCAGGAGAGGUCUGAAGGAGAGGAGGAUCCACGACACAGCAGCGACAUCCAGACUGGAGCGCCCCAUGUAGUCACGAAGGACCCCACCACCACCCCAGCGCAGCCCAGGGACAUCAGUAGAACGCCGAACGCCAUCCUCAAGUCUGAGACAGAGACUUUAACGAGGCUGGGGAGACUGGGCUGUCCUCCUACUCCCCGCUCAGAGUAUUUACUUUACGGUAACCCUAGCCAGAGGACAGUUCUGUCCCAUCGGGACUCAGGUGAUGCGUUACAGACUGRCAAUGAUCCGACCUGUUCAUACGCUACAGAGAUGAUACCUGGUGACGUGCCUGUGGGCUUAGAUACACAGACUAAUCCAAUAAGAGGGGACUGGAACCAGUACAGUAGUAGUGUAUACUCUGAAGGGUKCCUAGAUAAGAAAGGGGAGGGUCUGAUCGUAGAUGAGGUAACUGUGAAAGAGGAGGGCGACGCUCCUCUGAUAUGGAAUGAAGACGAGACUCACUUAAGAGGACAGUCGCAGGGCAACACUAGUGACUUCUUAGACUACAGGGAAAGCUUAGAGCCAAAUCCAAAUAUCGCAACCCACUCCCCUUUACACGCGCUCAGGGAUCGCGAACCAGUGUCCACGUCGAUGGCACCUUCCGAUUCACACGGCCGCAUCCUUUUCGAUCAGGUAUUGAACUCAAACGACAAGGCUAGAGUCCAGGCUUGGGAAGUGGGAGCAACAUCCGGCGKWAGUAAAGAGAAACGGUUCUUCUGCAUGUUCUGUAACAAAGGCUUCAACUGCCCCCAGAAGGUGGAGAUCCACCAGAGGGUCCACAUAGGGGUGAAACCCUUCAGCUGUACCCAGUGUCACAUGCGCUUCUCCCAGGCUUGGAACCUGAAGAUCCACCAGAGGGUCCACACAGGGGAGAAACCCUACAGCUGUAGCCAGUGUCACAUGCGCUUUGCCCAGACUUGCAACCUGAAGAGGCACCAGAGGGAGGAAGAGGAGGUGCUGCUGGUGAAGAAGGAGGGGUGA